CUUUGCUGCUGUUCCGGUUCAGGUGUGACGAUGAAGUGACCCACCUGGCCAGAUCUGAGAAAACCCGGCAAAGUUCCUAUCAGUUCAGGAAACAACUAUAAUUCUUCACCAAUUAAGCCGAAUUUUAAAGCUCCUCGGGCAUGGAUAAAUUAAAGUCGGUUCUGAGCGGUGAGGAGGCGCGCAGAGAUGACCGGAACAUUAUACAGCAAAUGAACCAAGCUUCGACUUUAGGCUGGGGCACACGUAUAAAGGGAUUCAUCGCCUGCUUCGUGGUGGGAGCUGCAUGCACAGUUCUGGGAGUGUGUGUGCUCUUCCUCCCCAAGAUUGGGAUCACUCUCUUUAUUGUCUUUUACACAUUUGGCAACAUAUGUGCUCUGUGCAGCACAAUGUUUCUGAUGGGCCCAAUGAAGCAGCUGAAAAGGAUGUGUGACAAAACAAGAGCGCUGGCUACUACCCUUAUGUUGACUUGUCUCGUUCUGACUCUCUGUGCGGCUUUCUGGUGGAAGAACUUUGGACUUGCUUUGUUGUUUGUUAUCUUGCAAGUCUUGUCAUUUACCUGGUACAGCUUGUCAUACAUCCCAUGUGUGAGAGAAGCAAUCAUGAGGAUGCUGGCCAUGUGCAUGAAAUAGGCCAUGUGUGUUUGCGGUGAAGGUUCAGCUUGGAUGAAGUGUUGAAGAAUGGGGCAGGUCUCUUACUGAAGUUGCUAAAAUUGGCUCCUUUAGAGAGUCUCUGGCCCUUCCUGCUGCUCAGACAUUUGUUUAUAGGUGAAAAAGAAGCAAAUUUUCUAUUUAUCUUUCUCAGUUGUGCUUCAUUGAUUGAUUGAUUAAUUUUUGGUGACCACUCAAAUUUAACCAGUUUAUAAUGAUUGUAGACUUUGUUUGUAAUA